AUGGAUACAAGAGGAAAGCUGAGCGACUGCCGCUCCAUCUCCCACGACACUCUGCGGAAUGGACUACCCUCGCCGCGCAUCGAACACUAUGACGGCGAAGUCCCGCCCGCCCUCUCUCCCCUGAGAUGCUUUCGCUGCUCAGGGGCAGACCGGCGCAUGAGUCGCCUGCCUCCUUCCAGCGUGGCUCGAUCGCUUUCUCAAGGUCGACCGGGCUACUUCCGUGGCGCCUCCAGCGAUUCACAUACACAUACUCUCACGCGAAGACCGACACAGAAGGCGCGGCCGGAGUUUGAGGAGCCCAAAUACCGCCCCGUGUCAGAGCACCCCCGUUUCAGUUCCAUCUCACAUGCUACCACCAACUCCGACCUUGACGACGAUGAUGAGUCUACGCCCCGCACCACAAUGGUCCAAACCAAUUCCUUCGAGAUGCCGCGUGCUGAAUCUCCCGAUGAGGACCUCGUGCUCGCACGCGAAUCGGAGGAUUCAGUCGGGGUUGCCAUGUUUGACCCGUCUCGGCAAAACUCGACCGACUCGGUGUCAUCACGUCUUCACAUACCUCGGACUCUUGCGCCACCGGUCUCGCCUCAUUCGCGACCGUCAAGCAGUGCCAGAGUGACGCACCCGGAGAGCUCUGAUGAUGACUAUAGCAGCUCGAAUGCAGGCUCCACCUUCUCUAAACCGCGGAAGCUGUCAUCUGCGAGUGCCGUGUCCUUGCCAUACUCGCCCAUGUCAACUUAUCCCGUUCGCGGCCCUCACCCGCGAUCGCCCUCUAUGAGCUCAGAAACAUCGUAUACUGGGCAUCUCCCUAGACCUUCCUUCAACUUUUCCCGACCCCUCAGCCGAUCCAGCACCAGCUUGUCGGCUCCAGGCCCUUCAGCAACACUUGAGCCCAAUACAGCAUCGCAAUCGCAGCCUUGGAACCAACCUAGCCAUAUGCAUCGUGCGAGCAAGCCCACCCCGAUCCUUUUGCCAUUGGCAACGGAAGCAGCAGCUGCAACCGUACCUAAUGAUGGUGAACCUUCGUCCGCCGUCUCCUCCUACGUGUACGCUAAAUAUGAUCUGCCCCGUGGACGCGAGCUUUCAAGAGACUCGGUGGUCUUUGCAGGCUUACAGACACCUCAUUUCGAAUGGAAUGAGCAUAAUCCAAUGUUUGAGAAAACCCCGCCUCGAAAUUCAGAUGAUCAUCCGCGCUCGGCUCGUACGCCGCCGCCCUCCAUGUGUCGUGAGCUGGAGAACUCCCCCAAGCCGCACUCGAUGUAUGAGGUGUCCCCCCCCUCAGCUCCCAAAUCAGUACCCCUGCCGCCAUCGCCGCCCAAGUCCCAGCCGGCACCGGCACCGGCACCGACAGUGUCUGGACCCCGCAAGUCCAGCGAAUCUGCAAAACAACAGACCGCGAGCACCAAUGACAAGGUCGAGAAUGUCUCAUCUGCGGACUCAGCGAGCACUUUGCGCCCGCAAACCGCUGGAACCCAAGCAUCGUCGCGCAACAUGACUGCCGAUGAUCAUGUGUCAAAGGGCAUCGAACUGCACGAGAAGGGUUCCUUGAACGAGUCAACAUACCAUCUGCGGGUUGCGGCCAAGCAGAACCACCCCACUGGAAUGCUGUUGUACGCACUCGCCUGCCGCCAUGGAUGGGGUAUGCGAUCCAACCAGCAAGAGGGCGUGCGAUGGUUACGCAAAGCCGUGGAUUCAGUUGGAUUGGAAAUGCUCGAAAACCCGGACGCCCCGGGUGCAUCCAAGGCGAAGGAGUUGCAAAAAGCCUAUCGGUCACAGUUUGCUCUCAGUAUCUACGAACUCGGUGUCAGCUAUUUGAACGGCUGGGGCAUUGAACAGGACAAGAGCCUGGCUUUGCGCUGUUUUGAAAUCGCCGGUCAAUGGGGUGAUGUAGAUGCUAUGGCUGAAGCCGGAUUUUGUUAUGCGGAAGGCGUUGGUUGCAAAAAGGAUAUGAAAAAGGCUGCGCGAUUCUAUCGUCAGGCCGAGGACAACGGCAUGAGCAUGGUCGGUAACAGCUGGAUUUAUAAGGAUAAAUACAUGGCCGAUGACGACUCUAAGGGUGGUCGUGGUCGCGGCCGCGGACGAACCGUUAGCGACAACAAGAAGGAUAAAAACGAGAAAAAGCCUCGCAGCAAGUCGCGCACUCGCAGCAUGUUUCAGCGCAAAAAGUCCAUUGUGCCUGAGGCAUAG